UUUUAUUGCUGAUCAAAGUGGAUUUCAGAGGGAAGGGGAGCUGAAAAGAGGGGGGUGGGACAGGCGAGUAUGUAGUCUUCCCCUGAAGUCCAGCUAUCUCCAGCCAGAUUCGUCUCAGAAGUUAUGCCUCAAGCUGUCCCUCUGAAGACAAGCUGCUUCUCUCUGACAUCCGGCCAUGGUCGUCCCCUCAUCCAGCUGCUUCUCCUCUCUGCCAGAUGACUCUGGGGUCUUUCUAGGCACAGGAUGAGGCAGGGCAGAGCCAUGGGUGGCUUAGGAAAAGGCAACAUUCAACUGGAAAAACAUGGAUAGAAGUUCUCACUUUGGGCCAUGGUUUCAGGCUUUUUGGCUUGAGGGUGGGGUUUCACCGGGAACCCGCCCUUUUCUACCUAGCAUUUAUCUGCCCCCUGUCCCUGUGCACUGCCUUUGUGGCCGAAAAAGGAGAGUGGGAGUUGAUUCCUCUCUUUCUCUAAAAUUCUGAGCUAACAUUUGGGAGCCGUCUACAGUAUUCAGGCAUGAAUUUUCUCUCUGGGGGAGCGCAAUCGUUUUCCUAGCGCAGUGUGCUCUUAAUUGCUCCUUUAAUACCUUUCUCUUUUGUGCCUUUUUAGCGCGAAAAGUGUAUGGGAAGACCAAGUGCUCGUUAGCGGCUCGGUUAGAACUACAUUGCCCACAAUGCCCCAGGGAACAUUUGUAGCUCGAGAACUACAUUACCCAAAAUGCCGAGCGGUGGCAAGAGGGGGAUUAGCUUCCACUGCGAUUUCAAAGAUCCAGUUUACCCACUCUACAGCCCAGAUAUAGUUACUUAUUUCCCCUUUCCAGCCAGAGACUUCCGUUCCCUGCUGGAACUUCCGAUCCCAUUCUUCUCUCGGUGGGAAUGCUUGUCGGGGGGAAAAAGAAACGCAAUAGAUAAAGCGGGGCGCAUGCGCUCCCGGCACAGGCUUCGAUUGUGAGGAAGGCCGGCUAGUCUCCGAGCUCAUCCCGCCUUGCGCAUGCGGAGAAGGUAAACCAACGCCCCGAGUUGAGGCGCGGGUUUGGUGGCGCGUUUCAGCGAAGUCGCAAGUGAAGGAUAGCAGUGGCCUGAGAAAGACCCAGUCAUGGCAGCCUCCAGCAUCAGUUCACCAUGGGGAAAGCAUCUGUUCAAAGCCAUCUUGAUGGUCCUAGUGGCCCUCAUCCUCCUCCACUCAGCAUUGGCCCAGUCCCAUCGAGACUUUGCACCACCAGGCCAACAGAAGAGAGAGGCCCCAGUUGAUGUCUUGACCCAGAUAGGUCGAUCUGUGCGAGGGACACUGGAUGCCUGGAUUGGGCCAGAGACCAUGCACCUGGUGUCAGAGUCUUCGUCCCAAGUGUUGUGGGCCAUCUCAUCAGCCAUUUCUGUGGCCUUCUUUGCUCUGUCGGGGAUCACCGCACAGCUGCUGAAUGCCUUGGGGCUAGCUGGUGAUUCCCUCGCCCAGGGCCUGAAGCUCAGCCCUGGCCAGGUCCAGACCUUCCUGCUGUGGGGAGCAGGGGCCCUGGUCGUCUACUGGCUGCUGUCUCUGCUCCUCGGCUUGGUCUUGGCCUUGCUGGGGCGGAUCCUGUGGGGCCUGAAGCUUGUCAUCUUCCUGGCCGGCUUUGUGGCCCUGAUGAGGUCGGUGCCUGACCCUUCCACCCGGGCCCUGCUACUCCUGGCCUUGCUGAUCCUCUACGCCCUGCUGAGCCGGCUCACUGGCUCCCGAGCCUCUGGGGCCCAACUCGAGGCGAAGGUACGAGGGCUGGAACGCCAGGUGGAGGAGCUGCGCUGGCGCCAGAGGCGAGCAGCCAAGGGGGCCCGCAGUGUGGAGGAGGAGUGAGCCAGAUUCCCCACACACUGCCGGUGUCAUACCAAAGAGCUGAGCUGCUUCGGGGCCAUGCAGCCCUCCUGCCAGCCCCCUGCCCUUUUCUUGCCCUGUCUCUGAACCUUCAGAACCUUGAUCCCUGCCCCAGCCCCACUAGCCAGGAGAAACAGAGAAAGGCCAUUCCCCCUGCCAGUCCUUGCGGCCCUGUCUUCUGAGGUUCUCUGUCUGGAGUUGGCUCUCUUAACCCUUUCUCUGCUCCCAGCCUGCCUCACCAGGGAAGGUUGGAGGGGCCUCCCUCUGGCUUCUGCAUCUGCGCCAGCAAACAUAUCACUGCCAUUGGUCUCUCAUGACUUAACUGGCUUCCCUCUGCUGCUGCCUUGGCUUUCUCCUAAUGCUCGUGCUCUCCUGUCCUUCUGAAGUUGCUCCUUGGCCAAAUCUCCAGCUCCCUUCUUGUUUUCCUCAUCCUCCUACCCUGUACUCCCACCAAACCAUGGUCCUUUAAGGCACGCUCCUGUCCUCUUCAUUGCCCAGCAGUGGGGAGGGGCAGGGGUAAUGGGACCUGAGGAUAAAGGGUGGGGAAACAGGGUCCCCUGAGGCCUGUGGGGGCUGGAGGGGAGGAGGAUGUACCUUGUGUCUCUUUCAAGUGCCUUAAUCCGAGCCAGCAGGGCCCCCUGCUUGCCCGUUGCCAUACUGUAUGUAGGAAAGUGCUCUGUGGCUGCUUUGUGUCAAGAAAAGAGCAGUCACUCUCAGAAUCUUGAUUCCCCAUCAGCCAAAGCAAAAGAUGGCUGCUGCUUUGUAGGCAUGUGCCUGCAAGUGAGGCCUUGCUGGGCAUUAUAUGCCCUGUGGGGGUUUCAGAGACCCUGAAGGAGGAAGGAGGACCCACCUCCUUGUCUGCACAACUGCAUGCACUUCUCUCCCCAUCACUCCACAACCUGAAGCCGAGAAGGAGUUGCUGACCAGCACCCACCCUGGCAGCCCAGGAGGAACACAGGCAGCUCCUUUCCCUUCAUGUGGUCUGCAGAGAGCAGGGGGAGCUGCCAGCUGCCCCUCUCCACCAGGGUGCCCCGUCUAGGUGGUUACGGGCCACUUUUCCUUGGAGGCUCUGGUGGAGGUGGAUGUCCUUCUCUGCCAGGCCUGCCACAUGAUGUGAAGAAUAAAUGCCCAAUUCUUACUGUUCAGGUUUGAUGUGGAAUCAGAGCUGCAGUGAUACAUAUUUUUUAUCAGUGCUUGGUUGGUUUAAAAUAAAGUGCACGCUAUUUUAUUAUCUUGUUCUGAAUAAAAUGUAUUUACUCCAA